AUGAACUGCACCGCCAUAAAUAGUAAUCAGAUUGAAACGACUCCGAACAACCACCACCAUUCCCGGCUGAUGCGCGGUGCUGGUGGCGGUGGCGUCGGGGUAGUCGGUAUGCUGCCGAUGGUUACCACUCCUCUGUCAACGGUUACAUCGCCACAGCAGCAGCACCACCAGCACCAACAGCUUCACCAUCGAACGGCAAAGGCCAGUAUCUGCAUGUCAGCACCGGGGCACGGAGUGGGAUCCGUGGGUGGCAGUAGUAGCGGAGGAUCGGUGAACAUUGGAACGACGACCGUGUUCUUCCAUCGAACUACCAACAAUCUGCUGGACGUACCACCACCGCCGAAUCGAACCAAUAGCUCCGAGGAGGAAAACUCACCCACCGAGCUGAACACCUGCCGCAAGCUGGCCGAGAAGCCGCCGCUGGUGAAGCGGCUCACGAUGGGUAUCCUGCGAACGGCCGAAGAUAGUCGACCGUUAGUGCACAGCUCUUCGUCACCCUCGAGCUCGUCGAGCUCCUCGCAAACCAUCUCCGAUGGGUACGUGAACGAGGGUAUCUGUGCGGAUACGGCCGAAACAUCGCUCACGACGAACGUGUUUAGUAGUAAGAUCGGCAGCAGCUCCGGUCCUUCACCCUCCUCACCAGCCGGUGCUGCAGCUGCUGCUGGAGGUAUCGGUCCAACGAAUGGUGCCUCCUGUAGCUCACGAAGUCCUGGCACAGCAGGUGGAAUGGGUCACAUGUCGAAAGGUGGCGGCAAUUCGAGCGCGUUGCUGCUUGAUGGCAGUGGUGCUGGUGGACAACCACGGUACAACCACACGGCGACCACACUCCUCUACCCUCCGGCCGUACCGAUCCGGAAUGAUAGCCUGAGCCUGAAGGAGCAGCAUGAGCUGAAGGGUGCGCCCUGGUUUCAGGCGGGGAUACCGCGCGAAAUCUCCCUCGAGGUACUGUCCCGCCAGAAUCCGGGCGCAUUUCUCGUACGCCAGAGCACCACCAAACCGGGCUGUUUCGCGCUGUCUCUGCGUGUACCACCGCCAGCACCAAAAGUAGCACAUUAUCUAAUUCUAAGGACGAUACGGGGGUAUAAGAUUAAGGGCUUCACGAAAGAGUUCACCUCGCUGCGGGCACUCAUAACGCACCAUUCGGUCAUGCCGGAGCUGUUACCUGUUCCGCUGGCACUACCACGACCCCCGCAGCUCGGUCAGCGCCAGGAAGAUCCGGAAACCUACGGUUCGCUGAACGAUUUUCAAAACAUGAUUACCGAGUAGUGUCUCGCCAGCGGCGAUAGUGG